CUUGAACGUUGGUGGAACCAACACACAGCAAAACCUAUCUGUUGUGCCACCUCCCAUCGUCAUGCUUCGCUUGGAUCGCUUGUCUGGCGCGUUGGCUUUCACUGCUGCCGGCCUCGGCUUUACCCUUGGCACGUGGAAGUCUCCUGCUCGUUCGGAAGAUGAGACGAACCUCCGGGACAUUGAGUUCGGCGUCCCCCGCGACCGCAAGCGCGUGGACCCGUUCUCACCGUUCUUCCCAUCGGACAAACAUCCUUGCACGCACGCUGGCAUGUUCAUUCCCGGGUGUCAUGAGCUCAAGAUCUUCAGCGGAUCGUCGAACUUUGAGCUCGCGGACGACAUCGCGCGCCGUCUCGGUACGCGUGUGGGGCGAUUGAAGCUUGGGCGGUUCGCCGAUGGCGAAGUGCAGUGCCAGAUCCAGGAGAGCGUGCGUGGCAAGGACGUGUACAUCGUGCAGUCCCUCGGCACACCCGUGAACGAUAACGUGAUCGAGCUGUUGCUCAUGGUGAGCACCAUGCGUCGCGCGUCGGCGAAGAAGGUGACAACCGUGAUCCCGUACUAUGCAUACAAGCACCACCGCCGCGGUAACCCGAGCGCAACGAGUUUGAACUCCAAGUUCAUUCACAGCCCCGCACAGGAUAUCGCCAAGAUGCUCGAGGUCAUGGGGGUCGACCGCGUGAUUGCCGUCGACUUGCAGCUGCGCGGCCAAGGGCACGAAGCGAGCUUCUUCAACACCAACAUCCCCGUGGAAACGUUGGAAACCGUCAUGGCGGGCGUCGAGUACUUUGCCACCCAGGUGUACUUCAAGGGUCCAAUUGUGGUGUUGGCACCCAACCCCGAGUGCGUCAAGCGCGCGCGCGUGUUCCAGCGCGGCCUGCGCAAGUGGCUGCCGGACAUCCCCAUCACGUUCGCCACAUGCAUCCGCGGCGGCGCGAGCGGCGACGAGCCCGACGCGAUUCAAUUGAUCGGCGACGUCCAAGGUGCCGAGGUGAUUGUCGUCGAUGACAUGGUCGACACGUCAGGCACGCUGGUCAAGCUGGCGCAAGUGGUCAAGAACGCCGGCGCGCGGCGGUCGUUUUGCUUUGCGUCGCAUCCGCUGCUGACGGGCGACGCGGAGAAGACAAUCGACGACAGCGCUGUGCACGAGGUGGUGGUGAUGGACACGAUUCCGUCCGAGGGCGGUCGGUACCACUCGUCAAAAGUGAAGCGCCUGAGUGUGGCGCCGAUGCUCGCGGAACUCAUCCAAGCCGAACACUUCAAACCUCACUCGUACAUUGACAAGUCCAACUCGCGAGAAGAUUUCAAGCACUCGUACAUUUCCACUUAGGCAGGUGUUUUUUUUCGUGGGAUCACAUAUCUACCCAUAUACUACGUAGCAUGCGAUGGUGUUUUGUAGUAGUACUUGACAGUAGACCAUACAAGUCAGGCCUCCUUAAACCGUAGUAGAAAUCUACAAACUACAGUACUACCUCCG